AGUGUGAGCGGACGUGUGGUUUUCUGUAAACUUGCGUCACAAAUUUUGCCUGAAAAAAUCGUGUUACAUACCUAUUUGUUAUUUUAUUAUAGUUUUAAAGUAAUAUAAUAGUAGUUAUUGGCCGCUAUUUAUAAUUGUGUUUCUCUGGAUAUCGUACUAUAAUGACGUCAAUGUGGACAUGAAAAUUUUGUAAGGUGCGAAGUGCGAAAGUGUCAAGGUGCAUUUACAUGUGAUAUAAAGUGCAAUUAUAUAUUUUCUACUACGUAGUGUAUGGUCCGCUUAGUGAAAGUGCACGAUGGAUCCCGGUUAUUUCAAUAUUGAAAGGGAGCAGAAUCCGCGUGAGAAGGCUAGCUUCCUGUCGAAAAUAUGCUUUUGGUAUACACGUCAAAUUUUCGAGAAGGGCAGAAAGGGGCAGCUCAGUAUAUCAGACGUGUACAGAUGUUCGCCAGGCCACAGGGCGGCUCCGCGUGGCGACGUCAUGUCUGAAAAGUGGAGGGACGAAAUUAACAAGCAGGAUAAAAAGAAGAAACCAUCUCUGUUGCGAUGUAUUAUAAAAAUACACGGUCUCAAAUUUAUUUUAGCCAACAUAGUAUUCGCUGUGAUCGACACCUCGCUUAGAAUAUUAACACCGAUGUGCCUAGAGGGUUUGAUACAUUACUUCUCUCCGUCUCACGCGGGCGUGACGGUUACUGAUGCGUACCUGUACGCUCUGGGAGUGGUUGGUUUUAUGGCUAUUAACGCGAGCUUAAUGCACCCCAUGUUGUUGUUGCUGUUAGACAUGAGUAUGAAGAUCAGGGUCGCUUGCUGCUCCUUAAUAUACAGAAAAUUGCUCCGUCUAGAUCUAACAGCCGGUGGCAAAGCGUCGGAAGGCCUAGCGGGCCACGUGGUCAAUCUACUCACGACGGAUGCCCAGAGGUUCGAUAUGGCCAGCCUCUUCAUGGUGGACCUUGUGAGGACCCCCAUCGAGAGCAUAAUCAUAGUGUACCUGAUGUACAGGCAGAUCGGUGUCUCCUCGAUCAUUGGGGUCGCAUUCCUUGUCAUGUUCAUACCGUUGCAGGGGUACCUAGGCAAGAUAUCGAGUCGUCUCCGGCGGCAGACCGCCGUCCGGACGGACAAUCGAAUCCGGUUGAUGAACGAAGUGAUACAGAGCAUAGAGGCGAUAAAGAUGUUCGCCUGGGAGAACGCAUUCGCUGGCAUCAUCGGGCAGGCGAGAAAGAAGGAAAUGAACGUCAUCAAGAAAAUGUCCUGGCUGCGCGCCGUGAUGAUAUCCUGCGUGAAGCUCAACACCAAAGUGGCAAUAUUCCUCAGCGUGAUUGCGUUCAUAUCGUUCGACAAUGACCUCACGGCCGCUAAAGUGUUCGUGAUAUUCUCCUAUUACGAAAUGCUGAAGUACACGCUCGUCGACUUCCUGCCGCUGGCGAUCACGUUCACGCUGGAGGCGUACGUGAGCGUGAAAAGGAUGGAGGAGUUCUUAGUGCUGCCGGAGGUUGAGAACCAGGAUGGUGUCGAUUUGGUGAACAUAGAUCGCGCGGAGGUUAGGGCGAAUGGAGUGUUCGAGAAGAUUGGAAACGGUCAGCAAGCGUACAUAAAGUCCGAGUCCAACUUGGACCAACUUAAACCGGAUCACUUGGUCAGCCUAAAGGACUUCACGGUUUACUGGAGGAAUGCGGAAGACGGAGAGUUGGAUAGAAAAAUACCAGCAUUGGUGGACAUAAAUUUAACGAUAAAACCGGAAACGCUAACAGUGAUCGUAGGUACAGUGGGUUCGGGCAAGUCCACGCUGGUGCAGGCGAUCCUGAAGGAACUGACACCCAGUAGUGGUGCGUUGUCAAUUAGGGGCGGCGUCGCGUACGCGUCACAGGACCCUUGGUUGUUCGAUGCUUCGGUUCGUCAGAACAUUCUCUUUGGCCAAGACAUGGAUCUGCGUAGAUACAAGCAAGUCAUUAAGUGUUGCCAGCUGAAAACAGAUCUGGAAAUAUUGCCACAUGGUGAUAAGAGCGUCGUUGGUGAGAGAGGUACGUCCCUGUCGGGCGGACAGCGGGCUCGCAUCUCUCUCGCGCGGUGCGUGUACCAGCACGCUGAUAUUUAUCUGCUCGAUGAUCCGCUGGCCGCUGUUGAUGCUAAGGUAGCGCAGGCGAUAUACGAGGAGUGCGUGCGCGGCUUGCUGCGCGAGCGCGCCGUCGUGCUCGUGACGCACCGCGCGCACUACGCCCGCCACGCCGCCAACGUGUGCGUCAUGCGCAGUGGACGGAUAGUAGCACAAGGCACGUACCAGGAACUCAAAAAUAGCGUCCCGGAGUUCGAUCAGCUGAUCGAAAUGGGGGAAAAGGUGGAUGAGGUGAAGCAGAAGCAGAAAAUCACGUCUUAUGAGAACAAAGAAAGCAUGGAGCAUAGCCAUAUCUUGCGUUCCCAAAGGUCGAUGUCUGAAGUGUCACAGCUAUCAUUCAAUGUGGACGCUGAAACCACUGGACCGAAGUAUGAAGCCGAGAGCCAGAACACGGGUUCCGUUUCCAACAGCGUGUACAUAUCUUACAUAACAAGUGGUGGGGGCAAGUUCACUUUGCUACUGCUACUGUCCUUGUUCAUAGUAGCACAGAUAUUCUACUCGUCCACUGAUAUAUGGCUGAAGGAUUGGGUCAACCUGGAAGAGUCGAAUAGCGCACAAAACAUAGCAAUACGGAACUCUACCUCAUCGGAGCCUCCAGUGGCAUACGAGAGCCUGCCGCUCAACAGGUGGCACCUGUCCCGCGAACAGUGCGUGUACGUGUACGGCUCGCUGAUAGCUAUCUGCAUGUUCUUCACCUGGAACAAGCUGCUGGUCUUCUACAACACCUGCAUACGCGCCUCCGUGACUCUCCACGAUACCAUGUUCAGAGGUGUAACGAACGCGCCGAUGUGGUUCUUCCACCACAACCCGUCGGGCCGGAUCCUCAACAGGUUCUCCAAGGACAUGGGGCAGGUGGACACCUUGCUGCCUGUUGCUUUGGUCGAUUGUCUAGGGUUCUUCCUGGAGGUGAUCGGCAUCCUGGUGGUGGUAUGUCUGGUGAACUGGUGGCUGCUGCUGCCGACCGCUUGCGUGGCGGCCGCGCUGAUGAUGCUGCGGGCGCUGUUCCUCAGCACCAGCCGAGAGCUCAAGCGGAUCGAAGCUAUUGCUCGCAGCCAAAGCCUGAACCACGCGUCCGCCACCGUAUCUGGUCUCACCACCAUCCGGUCCACCGGCAGCCAGCAGCGCACCCUGGCCCAGGAGUUCGACCGCCUCCAGGACCUGCACAGCUCCGCCUGGACCCUGGUUCUGUGCACCAACAGGGCUUUCGGCUUCUGGAUGGAUAUGCUCUGCUGCGUCUACCUGGCCACCGUCACCUUCAGUUUCUUCCUGUUCUUUGGUGAUGGUAAUCUUGGCGGUAGCGUGGGUCUGGCUAUAACGCAAGUGAUUGGACUCGUCGGUAUGUGUCAAUACGGCAUGAGACAGACUGCUGAAGUGGAGAAUCAGAUGACAUCUGUGGAAAGAAUAUUGGAAUACACCAACUUACCAGCGGAAAGUCCAGUGGAGCCUGAUAUGAAAGCUCUGAAGGCUGAAUGCCCCAGUGUCGACUUUGACACUUGGCCUAAUCGAGGAGAAAUAGUAUUCGAGGACGUAUCUCUUGAAUACGAGAGGCCUCCGAAGGGUGAGACCACCGAACCAGCACCCAAAGUGGAUGAGACUAACUACGCGAUCCGUGGGGUGAGCUUCACCAUCCGCCCGGGGGAGAAGGUCGCCGUGGUGGGGAGGACUGGGGCGGGGAAGAGUUCGCUUGUUGCUGCACUGUUUAGGCUGAGCAAGAUAUCGGGGAGCGUGCGCGUGGACGGCGUGCGCGCGGAGGCGGCCGGGCUGCGCGCGUGGCGCUCGCGCCUCUGCGCGCUGCCGCAGCUGGCGCGCCGCGCCGUGCUCGUGCUGGACGAGGCCACCGCCAACGUCGACACCGAGACGGACCGGCAGAUCCAGCGCACGAUCCGCAGCCGGUUCGCGAGCUCCACCGUGCUCACGAUCGCGCACCGCCUCAACACCGUCAUGGACUACGAUCGCGUCAUCGUCAUGGACAAGGGUCGCGUGGUAGAAUCGGGACAUCCGUUCGAGUUGCUGACCAAUGCGAGCGCUCAGCAAAAAGCUGAAUUUCAGCCGAAACGCACUCUACUGUCCAAGAGUCAGGCACCGCUGGCGAUACCAGAGAACUUCGCUUUCCAGUCUUCCGGAGAGUUCGAGCGACCCGAAGAAUCGGAAACCCUAAUCCUGUCCAAAGACAAUAGAGUUAGGACUUAUUCCAACAGGUCUGAAGUGAGCGAACCGGAUGUGGGUAUAUUCAAAAUGCUCGUCGAACAAACUGGACCGGAAACGUCCGCCAUGUUGUACAAGAUGGCGGAAGAGAGUUACAAGAAAUAUCAAGAAUCGAGAAAGCAUCAGUGAUUGAAAUAAAACCCGAAACUGCCCGUAACGCUUCCGAAUAAUGAAUUUAUAUUGCGAAUCAAAAGUAUACAGAAUUUAUUAAAAUUAUUUGUCAAUAGUGACUGUUGUGGCGUAUGGAUAUUGUUAUUAGGGAAUUUUAUAGCGAAGUGCCUUGGACAGCGUUGAAACAGGUUUUUUUUUGUAUUUUUUAUAUAUAUUACUUAAUACAAUCGCCCCGGCUUCGCCCGUGGUACACUCUCUCAAAAUCGGUCCAGUUGUUUCCGAGAUUAGCGCUUACAAACUGAGCUUCUUCAGCUCUGCACCGCGGGCGCAGCCGGGGCGGACCGCUAGUAUAAAUAUAUAAAACUCACAGCGGAGUGAAUUUUGUAUAAAGGGCUAUUGAAAUGAAAUUAAUUUUCAUUUUAUUAAUGUCUGUAUGUUUUCGCAUUUGGAAUAGAUAUGGUUGACUUUUUACUUUUUAAUUGUCAUUGAAAUGUGAACUGUUCACCUAAAGGGUACUUAUGAAUAUGGAUUUAAUGCGAAUGUCAAUUGUAAUCCAAGAAAAGUUAGUUCAAUUUAACUUAAAAUUAUUAGGAAUUAUGAAAAAAUAUAUGUACUUAACAAAUGUACUUUCAACCGUUUUCGUUUUAUAUGUUUAAAGCAA